AUAUAAAUAUAAUUUAUUUAGCUGACUUAUUUAAAUAUUAAAGUUAGUUUUUAUAAACAUUUACCUGAGAAAUGUAUUUAUUAAGGUUGAGAUCAAACAAUUGUAUUUUUAUAAUUUCUAUAAAUAAUAUGAAAAUUAAGGCUGACAACCCAUAAUAUUAUUUAUUUUAUAUAUAUAAUUAAUUUAUAUAAAUAACACUAAUUUAUAUAAGUAACCUCAAACUUCAGAUUAAAACUCAUAAAUAAUUAAAAAUUAAUUUCAGUUCAGAUCCUAUAAUAUUAUUUAUUCUAUUUAUUAAAUGUACUGUAAGUAUUUAGAAUCUACACAUAAAAUAUUCACCUUAGAAAUAUAAAUAUUACAUUAACAUUAAGUCUAAAAUAUUAAAAUAAAUCAUCAGUCAGGGUUUGUUUACUGCCCUCUGCUGGUGGCAGUUUGUUUUUUUGGUGUGUUUCUUCCUUUCACUUUGAGCUUUGAUCGAGUCGCAGCAGAAAAGUUUGUGUGACGAACUAGAAGCUUUAAAGAAGAGAAAGUUCAGCAGCUUCCAGACAUCGAUAGACGCUGUGAGGCUCCAGAAGGACUGGAGAUUUAAGGCUCUGAAGUAUGAAGCAGGUUCAUCAUAAUCAGUAAACAGGUUCUUCAGAAUAAGAUCUGUCGCUGGCUGACGUUUCCAGAGUGACAUCAUGGCGGCUGCAGCAUCUGUGGAGCAUCAGCAGCGCACAAGCAGCCUAGAAGGGCUUCCCCCCAACAUGUCUGAGCUGAGGGUUGUUCUGUUGGGGAACAGCUGGUCUCAGAGGAGAGACGUGGGGAACUUCAUCCUGGGAGAAAAUGUGUUCAGCACCGAGGAACCCGACUGCUGCCUGAGAGUCCGAGGACGGUGCAGGUGGAAGGAAACGGUCCUCAUCAACCUUCCAGAUCUGCUGCAUCCAAAAAACUCUGAGGACAAACUGACGGAGUUUACAGAACACUGUGUGAGACUCUCUGAUCCUGGACCUCAUGUGUUCCUGCUGGUUCUACAGCCUGAAGACUUCACUGAGGAACAGAAACUGAAGCUACAAACAGUCCUGGAAAACUUUGGUGAUCGCUCAUUUGAACAUUCCCUGAUUCUGCUGUCAAUGCCUACAAAAGAAAAUGUAGGUUCCAAAAAGAACUACAAGGAACGUCCAGCAUUAAAGCACAUGAUCAAAAUGUGUAGAUACAGAUAUGUGGAACAGGAGAACCUAGAACUUCAGGAACUGUUUACUCGCCUUGCUCAGAUUGUGAGGGAGAACAAUGGAGAACAUGUGAGCUGUGACUUACCUGAAAAUGCUGCAGUUGGGUCUCAUCAGAACCUCAGUCUACAGACAGCGGUACCGGCCAACUUUGAUCCAGAUCGAGCUGCAGCUCGAGGACUCAGGAUUGUGAUGUUUGGGAAAAGUGAGGAGGAGAAGAUGAAACUAGGAAACUUCAUCAUGAAGAACAAAUCUUUUGACUUUCAGAGAUUUUCUCAAACCAAACAGUGCGAGUCUGCUGAUGGAGGGUGGAAAGAAGAACCUUUAACAGUCGUGAAAACUCCAGACGUCUUCAGUCUGUCUGUGGAAACAGUGAGAGAAGAGAUGAAGAGAUGUGUGGAUCUCUGUUCUCCUGGACCAAAUGUUCUGCUGCUGUUAGUGAAACCUUCAGAUUUCACUGAAGAAAACAGAAAAACUCUGAAGUUCAUCCUGAGUCUGUUUGGUGAAGACGCCUUCAAACACUCCAUGGUCAUCAGCACAUACAACCAUCAGUGGAACGAAACGAGCGUCUCUGUGAACCAGCUCCUUCAGGAAUGUGAUGGACGACACUACAAGAUGUUUACUAAUGACCACGGACUGUUCAUGGAGAAGAUCGAGAACAUCAUCUACGAAAACAAAAGAACCUUCCUCACCUUCACUGAAGAGACAAGAAGACCAAAGUCUGAUCCCAUCAGACCUCCUCUGAACCUGGUCCUGUGUGGUAGAAGAGGAGCUGAGAAGACUUCAGCAGUCAACGCUAUUCUGGGACAAAGAAAGUUUGGUGGACCUGAAGACUCAUCAGAGUGUGUUAAAACCCAGGGAGAGGUGUGUGGACGUCGGGUUUCCCUGCUGGAGCUGCCUGCCUUGUAUGGAAAACCUCAGGAGGCAGUGAUGGAGGAAUCAUUCAGGUGUAUCUCCCUCUUUGAUCCUGAGGGCGUCCAUGCCUUCAUCCUGGUCCUACCUGUGGGUCCCCUCACUGAUGAAGACAAGGGAGAGUUAGAGACCAUCCAGAACACAUUCAGCUCUAAAGUCACAGACUUCACCCUGAUUCUGUUCACUGUGGAGUCAGAUCCUACAGCUCCAGCUGUUGUUGACUUUAUCAGACAGAACAGAGACAUCCAGGAGCUCUGUCAGAGCUGUGGAGGAAGAUACAUCAUCUUCAACAUGAAGGACAAGCAGCAGAUCCCAGAGCUGCUGGAUCAAGUGGACAAGAUGAGACUGUCAGAUCAGAAACCUCACAGCUACACAACAGGAAUGUUUGCUCAUGGCCAAAUGGAAAAGAUCCUACAGCUAGAGGCUGAAAUCAAGAAACUGAAAAAAUAUGAUGUAUUCAGCUCUGAUGAAGAGCAGCAGACCUCAGAGAGUCUCAGGAUUGUUCUGAUCGGGAAGACUGGCAGUGGAAAGAGUGCAACAGGAAACACCAUUCUGGGAAGAAAAGAGUUCAUCGCCAAAUCCAGUCAAAAUUCAGUCACCAAAUGUUGUCAGAAGUCAGUGGGUGAAGUGGACGGACGUCCUGUUGUCGUGGUCGACACUCCUGGACUGUUUGACACAACGUUGUCUCCUGAAGAAGUACAUGAAGAGAUGGUGAAAUGCAUCAGUCUUCUGUCUCCAGGACCACAUGUCUUCCUGCUGGUGUUACAGAUCGGCAGACUCACACAAGAGGACAAGGAAACAUUAAAUUUGAUGAAGAAAAGUUUUGGGAGGAAUUCAGAAAAGUUCACCAUCAUCCUUUUAACUAGAGGAGAUUCACUGGAGGACAGUGACCAGUCUGUUGAAGAUUACAUUAAAACAUGUGAUGAUUCCUUGAAGAAGCUGAUCUCUGACUGUGGAGGAAGAUACCACGUGUUUAGUAACUAUGAUAAACAAAACCAAACACAAGUCAGUGAGCUGAUAACAAAGAUCGACACCAUGGUGAAGGAAAAUGGAGGAAGCUGCUUCACCAACGAGAUGCUGCAAGAAGCUGAAGCAGCGAUACAGAAAGAAAUGGAGAAAAUCUUGAAGGAGAAGGAAGAAGAGAUGAAGAGAAUGAUGGAGGAGCUGGAAAGAAAACAUGAGGAAGAAAAGGAAGAAAUGAAAAGAAGAAUAGAAGAAGAGAGAACAAAAAUUGAAGAGGAGAGAAAACUGAGAGCAAAACUACUUGCUGAAAUGGAGGAAAACAUCAACAAGGAGCGUGAGCUGAGAAAGAAAGAAGAAGAAAUCAGAGAAGAAGAGAAAAGGAAACGAGAAGCUGAGGAAGAAAAAUACAGACAGAAUCUAGAAAAGGAACUUGAAAUGUUGGACAAACGGAUUCAAUCAGACCAAGAAGAAAAGAAAAACGUUGACAGAAAGCUGGAAGAAACCAGAGAUGAGAUGAGAAAGAAACAAGAAGCCUGGGAGGAAGAACGAAGAGAGUGGUGGAAGAAACAGAAACAAGAAGAUGAAGAGAAACGACAGGAGGAGAAAAGAAAAAUAGAAGAACUUCGAGAGGAGUUCAAGCAGAAACAAGAUGAAAAUGAAAAGAAAAGAAAAGAAGAAGAUCAAAUGAGGAGAGAAGAGGAGGAGAGGAAACAGAAAGAAUUACAGGAAAACCAUGAGAAAAUUAUCAACAAUGAGCGUGAGCUGAGAAAGAAAGAACAAGAAAUUAGAGAAGAAGAAAAAAGGAAACGAGAAGCUGAGGAAGAAAAUACAGACAGAAUCUAAAAAAGGAACUUGAACUGUUGGACAAGAAAAUUCAAUCAGACCAAGAAGAAAAGAAAAACGUUGACAGAAAGCUGGAAGAGACCAGAGACGAGAUGAGAAAGAAACAAGAAGCCUGGGAGAAAGAACGAAGAGAGUGGUGGAAGAAACAGAAACAAGAAGAUGAAGAGAAACGACAGGAGGAGAAAAGAAAAAUAGAAGAACUUCAAGAGGAGUUCAAGCAGAAACAAGAUGAAAAUGAAAAGAAAAGAAAAGAAGACGAUCAAAUGAGGAGAGAGGAGGAGGAGAGGAAACAUAAAGAAUUACAGGAAAAUCACAAGGAAGACAUCAACAAGGAGCGUGAGCUGAGAAAGAAAGAACAAGAAAUCAGAGAAGAAGAGAAAAGGAAAAGAGAAGCAGAGGAAGAUAAAUACAGACAGCAAGUAAAAAUGCAACUUGAAAUGUUGGACAAACAAAUUCAGUCAGACAAAGAAGAAAAGGAAAGGAUUUACAGAAAGCUGGAAGAGACCAGAGACGAGAUGAGAAAGAAACAAGAAGCCUGGGAGAAAGAAUGAAGAGAGUGGUGGAAGAAACAGAAACAAGAAGAUGAAGAGAGACGACAGGAGGAGAAAAGAAAAAUAGAAGAACUUGAGAAGUUCAAGCAGAAACAAGAUGAAUAUGAAAGAAAAGAAAAGAAGAUCAAAUCAGGAGAGAAAAGGAGGAGAGGAAACAUAAAGAAUUAGAAGAAAGCUACAAACGGACCUAAAUAAAAUGAAAAAGACGUACGAAGAGAAAGCCAGAGAGAAAGCUGAAGAGUUUAAUGAGUUUAAAUUGAAACACAUGGAGACCUAUGAAGCUCUGAAGGAACAGCAUGCUGAACAAAUGAAAGACAAAGAUCAGAAGUACGACCUGCUAACAGCACUUGUAGCCCACAAUGAAAGACGAGAGAGACAAAACAUCACAGACAACUUAAGGACUUUGUGAAAAUUAUGGCCAAGAAGACAGAAAAUCUGACAAAGAUCAGCGGCUUACUGGAAAAACAGGAAGAGGAGUUGAAAAAAGUGAAAAAUGUCACGGAAAAGGGAAAUCUGCAGAAAAAACAUGAAGAAGAAUCAGUCAUUUGAUAGAUGAACUUCUGAAAGCAGAUGUGAGUUUAUUUGAUUGUGUCGGGAACUGGCUCUUUGGAAUAAGGCCAUAGUGGCUUUCUAAACAUGUAUCACAGCUUAGGGAUCCCAGGUAGCUACAUGUGUUCAAUGAGUCUCCUCAGUCAGGACAUGAUCACUCUGCUAUGAAUCUCAUCAUGGAAGGAUGGACUCAGGUGUUUCUAAGAUCAUCUUAAUGCACUCAUGGUCUGCAUCUGUGUAGGAUGAAAGAGUUCUUGAUCACUGCAGUCAUU